GCGGAUCUUUGUCAGGUACUACCACAGCACUCCGUUCAGGGAGACGGAAGUACUUCCGGGUCGCCACCGGCUACCACUUCCUGGCGCGUAUCAAGGACAGUGGAAUCACCACAUUUGGAGUCUAACCUCACAGUACUAGAUGUGAAGAAGUAAGAAAACACUUAAGAAAACAAGAUGGGAAAAGCAUCUGGGCCAGACCAAGUAUAUACAGAGGGAACCAGUGAUGGAGGAGCCAUGUCUACUCUAUUCCCCUCAUUACUUCCACGUGUCACAGAGUCCUUGUGGUUUAACCUGGAUCGACCCUGUGUGGAUGAAAACGAGCUACAGCAGCAAGAACAGCAGCAUCAGGCCUGGCUCCAGAGUAUUGCUGAGAGAGACAACAACCUAGUACCCAUUGGGAAACCAGCUUCAGAGGUGAGCCCAGCAAAUCUUUUGGUCACAGAGACACUCUGUGCCUUCUGGGCUUCAUGGACCAUGAGAGAAAUUAAGGCAAAUCCUUAUACUCCCACAGCUCGUGAGUGCCACAGCUGGAAUUGGAUCCCAGGUCAUUCUGGACUCCAUUUCCAGUGUGCUGCCUCCUGUUUGAACCAGAUCUUUUUAAUAGCUUGUUUCUGGAAUAAGGUAAAAGCUGUUUAACAGAGAAUCCCUAUGAGAAUCUCAGUUCUUUGAGAGGGGAAUAGGAACACACUCCAAAUAGGGUGAAAGAAAUCCUUUGUCGUUGGUUUCCUGAUGUGUCCCUGAAGUAGUCUGAAGCCAGUCUCUGCCUUGCGAAGACCACAAGAGGGAGGAUGGCCCUAGCUUCCACAACUUGUCACUAGGGCCUGAUAGGCUGGUACCUAUUGCCUUUUGAGCAGACAAGAGUAGGGAAAGAAGGCAUGAAAGUGUCUAAAGAGCAGGAUUCCUUCCCCCUGCCUCUUCCCUAUUUUCCCACCUCCUCAUUGUACUAAAGGACAGUACUGGAAGUUGGAGGUACAAAUGAAUUGAUCUCAUUGUGUGGAGUUUGAAAGAUGGAAGCUGAGGGAUUCAUGUGGGAUAAGAACCCCCCUUCCCAGGUAGAAGGCCAGCCCCAUGCCCCCACCUCUCCCCUAAACUGUCUGCCAUUU